AUGAAGCUGGCGAGCAAGCUCAAGAAGAAGUCGCUGAAGGCCAGCGACACCAACAAGAACGCGUCGACCCCCACCUCCGGGUUGGCCAUGUGGGAGGCCAAGCUCGCCGAACAGCACAGCAGCACCACCGCCGCCGCCAAGGAAGACGCAGCUGCGGCUUCGUCGCCGGCCGGGUCGCCGGCGGGUUCGCCCGCGCGGACCACUUCGAUGCGCGGCGUGUCGGCCCACGGCCGGCGCGUGACGCUCACCCGCAGCGACUCGAACGACAGCUCGGAGAGCAGCAAGAAGAGCAGCAAGAAGGACAAGAAGGAGAGCAGCAGCAGCAGCAAGAAGAAGCUGACGUCACCGAAGCUCGGGGGCGAGAAGGACAAGAAGUUCUCCACGUCGUCGCCCUCCUUCUUCGCCAACGGCGCCGAGACGGCCGGCGUGGUCGACGACGACGACGAGGUGGUACCGGUGCCUGGGCCUGUCGACAUCAAUAGCAACCACAGCAGCGACAGCAACAGCGAAGACGGGGGCACCGCCGCAGGGCAGCUGAGCCCGCGCCGCGGCGGCGGCCGGCAGCCGUCGACGCCGACCAAGAUGGGCAGCGGCGGCCUCUUGUCGCGCUUCGGGAAGGGCAAGGGCGGUGGCGGCGAUGAUGCGGCCAAGAAGACGGCGGCUGCGGAGGAGGACACCCGACGAAAGGCGCAGAUGGCGGCUCUCGAGCUGUUCAAGGAGAAGGGCACCUGCAGCUACACAGUCCCGGCGGCCUACAGCGGAGAGAGCGGCGAAGUGCCCGCCGUGGAGGAGCUGGAGGGCCUGCGACAGAAGGAGCAGGAGCGUCAGACGGGACGAGGCAAGCGGUCCAACGACGUGCUCAUCGAAAUCGUGGAGGGAAGGCCCCAGCUGCGCGCUGGCACAUUCGAGGAGAUCGUGAAGUGGAUCAUCUUCAACAACGUCAACGAACAUGUCUCCUCCUUCCUCAUCACAUUCCGCGCCUACGGCACACCGGCCGACCUGUGGGCAGCGCUCAUGAGAGUGUUCCACAUCAUCGAAGAGAAGGACAAGAUGCCGCUCAUCAUGAAGGUCGACCUCCGCAAGAAGACCCUCGACCUGUUGGUCGAAUGGAUUCGACGGUUCUCGUACAAGGACUUCACCGAGAACGGCGACAAGACCCUGUUCAAGAAACUGACCAAGUUCAUCAAAUCGUUGCCCGCCGAAGAGGCCAACCAGUUCAAGCUUCUCUUCAUGAGGAAGCGAGACGACACCUCGGCUGCGGCUGCGGCGGCCAAGGCGAAGGAGGCCGAGGGCUCCGACAGCAGGAGCGACUCCGUGAGCUCGAUGGGCUCGGGCCGAUUCGACAAAGACUUCUCGUCGGUGGAGGUGCCCAUCCACGCCCCGACGGCCUCGGGCCUGUCCCUCUCCUCGAGCGAGAUCAUCCCCAUUUCCGCGCCUUCCAUGCUCACCGGGUCCCUCCACGUCCACUCGCCCAGGGUUAUCGCCCAGCAAAUGUCGUUCCUCGACGCAGCCUGCUUCGCUGAGAUUCAGCCCGAAGAGAUGCUUCUCUCCAACUGGACCAAGCCGAACAAGGAAGAGGUCGCGCCCACGCUCACCAGCCUGGCCCGACAGUUCAACAUGUGGUCGGGCAUGGUGGCCACCGACAUCAUCCUCGCCAACUCCCUCAUGGACCAAGUGAUGAUGGUGAAGCAGUACAUCAGAGUUCUGCACCACCUCUACCGCAUGAACAACUUCCAGUCUCUCAUGGCUGUGAUGUCUGGCCUCAACUGCUCGUCGGUGAGCCGAUUAAAGCGGGUGUGGAGCCGGAUCCCGGUCAAGUACACGGAGCUGUUCGCGAGCAUGGAGCAGGUGAUGACCCCGCUGGGCAACUUCAAGUACUACCGCCAGAUCCUGGCCGAGAACAAGGACAAGCAGCCCAUCAUCCCCUACCUCGUGGUGUUCCUGCGCGAUCUCACGUUCAUCAACGACGGCAACUGCGAGACGCUCAUGUCUGAGCCGAUGGCGCCGACGGAUGUGCCGCGCGAGCUGCCCAAUUUCGAGAAGAUGGUGCUGCUGGGCCAGCAGAUCCUUGAACUCGAGGCCUACCGCAAGGUGCCCUACGACAUCGAGGUGAACCCCACCGUGACCGGCCUGCUGAAGAAUGUGCGGUACAUGGACGAAGACUCGCUCCAUCGUCGUUCGCUCGAGCAGGAGCCCAUCCACAGCCUCAACGACAGCGUCGAUGACGAGAACAAGCCGGCGGAGGUGGUCGUCAAGAAUCCUUUGGUGGCACUCAAGGCCAUCUCCAAGGACUUCAAGGCUGUAUCGGCCAGCGAGGAGACCGACCUCUCGGGAGAUCUCACACUGUCGGAGAGCGACGACGCUCUUUCCGCCACCUUCUAA